AUGAUUGCUGAACGGGCACUUGCGAAGUUGCACGAAUCGUGGAAUUUUGUGCAAGACAUUUUGCAAGUUAGGAGACGGAAGCAAGCGUUUUAUCUUACGCGUCAAGCUACGGAAUCUAUGGAUGGUUCUGGCUUCUCGUUUCUGGUUAUCCAGGGAGAUGAUGCCGAUGAUUAUGAUGAUGAUGAUGAUGAUGAUGAUGAUGAUGAUGAUGAUGAUGAUGAUGAUGAUAAUGACAAUAAAACCAACAAAAUGCGUUGA